AUGAAUCACGGACGUGUCUUCUCAAAUGCGAAAUUAUAUAAACAUUAUGAAAUUGUUGAUUUUUUAAAUAAAAAAGUUAAAAAAAAUGUUACCGACGAACCCAUAGGAAUAAGUCCACAUAAAAAUUUAUUUGAUGCUGUUCUAAUAGAAGAUAAACAAAAACUGAAAAAAUUAUUAUCAGAAUUAAGGUGUAAUGUUCAUAUACCAAAAAAUGAAAAAAAGCAAACAUUGUUACAUGUCGCUUGUCUAUGUAAAUUUGAAUCCAUUGUUGAAUUAUUAUUAGACCAAAAAUUAUUAGUUGAAAAAGAUAAAGAGACUGGUGUUAUACCAUUGUUAUUGUGUGUACAAAUUGGUCAUUUACAAUCAUUUCGAUUAAUAUUUAAACAAAUGUUAGGAUUGAAUGAUCCAUG